GCCCUCUAAAGCAACCAAGAUGGCUGACAGAAAAGCCGUGAUCAAGAAUGCCGACAUGUCUGAGGACAUGCAGCAAGACGCUGUUGACUGUGCCACCCAGGCCAUCGAGAAGUACAAUAUUGAAAAGGAUAUUGCAGCAUACAUUAAGAAAGAAUUUGAUAAGAAAUACAACCCGACCUGGCAUUGUAUUGUGGGCCGAAACUUUGGUUCAUAUGUAACACACGAAACGCGUCACUUCAUUUACUUCUACCUUGGGCAGGUGGCAAUACUUCUGUUUAAGAGUGGAUAAGCGGUC